AUGGACUUGCAACUCAUCGGCGUCCAUGUCCUCCUAACAGGUGCUAGCGGAAGCAUAGGCCUAGUGACCGCCCGCCUCUUCCUCACGGGCGAAACGCUCCUCAUCUUUCCUAUCUGGCUCAAAGAAUGCGGAGCGAAUGUGACUGCUCACUACAACAACACGGUGGUGACCCUCGAACCUCUCCACCGCGAGUUCGGUCAUACCCGCAUUCAGACCGCCCAAGCGAACCUCAGCAGGGAGGACGAUGUCCUGCGCAUAUUCCACACACUCAAAGAUGACCCGUUUGGUCCAGUCCAGGUGCUGAUCGCAAACCAUGGAUGGCACCCGAAGCCUGAAGUGCCCAUCGCCGAGAUGUCGCUCACGCAGUGGGAAUCGACCUUUGCGUCCAACAUAACGUCCGUCUUCCUGGUCGUCAGGGAGUACCUGAAACAACUGGCCUAUGCAACGGACGAGCAGAAGGACAAGGCAUUCAUUGUCAUCUUAGGUAGUACCGUAGGAAAGUAUGGCGAGAUCGGCCAUGCCGACUACUCCGCGACCAAAAGCGCUAUGAUGUACGGCUCCACGAUGUCGCUCAAGAACGAGAUUGUCAAGAUCGCCCCGCGUGGGCGGGUCAAUUUCAUCGCUCCGGUCUUAACGCCAGCGGCCGAACAUAGCCCCCAACGAUCUGAGGCCUUCCAUCGUGCACUGGCGACCAUUCCACUGAAGAGAGUUGCUACUCUGGAGGACAUAGCAUCCCAAGUCGUCUUCGUAGCUUCGACCGCUGUGUCCGGGCACGUCUCUGGCCAAGUCAUCAUGGUAGAUGGCGGUAUGGAGGGUAGACUGCUGAACCAACCCGAGGAUAUAACGAGGCGCUGA